ACUGCAUUUCCGGGCGCCGCAGCAGAACGACCAAGAUGGGGGGCAAGAACGACGUCAAGUUCCUGUCAAUUAUGCGCGUCGCGGACAAGCUGACUGUGACCACAUACACACAUGCAAAGGUGAAAGCUGAAGAGCGGACCAAGUACACCGACAUUUCCAAAAAAGUCGUGGCAUCGCCAUCAUGGGACGCUGACGUCGGACACAACAGUCGUCAUGCUCUCGACUUCGACGCGCUCAAGCUGCACUUCAUGCUGGACGCCGGUGACUUUGUCUAUUUCGCUGUGACGAUCCGUGAUUAUCCCAUCCGUGUCGCCCACCUCAUGCUGAACGAUCUGCAAGCAGAAUUCAGUGCAUCAUACUUAGCGUCGGCAUUGGCGUUAAAGAAGGAACACACACUUGGCAGCGACUGCGUCAAGAUGUUGGGCAGUAUCGCGUCCAAGUACGAAGACGUAACUCAGGUGGACAAAGUCGCCAAGGUGAAAGCUCAGGUGGAAGCUGUCAAGGACACAAUGAAGGACUCAAUCAAUAUCGCGCUCAACAGCACGGAGAAGCUUGACACGUUGUCACAGAAGGCGGCUGACCUUGCCGACUCGGCUUCGGUGUUCAAGAAAGGCGCGACCGACAUGCGGCGUCAAAUGUGGUGGAAAAAUGCCAAGGUGUCGCUUGCGAUUGCGCUGAGCAUGAUCCUCGCCAUCCUAGUGUUAUUGUACGCCCUCGGCAUCUUCGACCACAUUGGUCAAGCGGCCAAGUCGACGACAUCCGGUCGCUUUCGACACUAGCGCGCUAACGUCACCGAAGCCGCUUGUAAUCUAAAUAAUGAUUUUGCGACCCUUUUAAGUCACACUGACAAAACAAAACAUGUCACAAGGGGGGCGCGUGGCUACCUUCAUCUUGCUAGGAGCAUUGUGGGCGCUCUCAGCCGACGAAGGAUUUCUGGCUGAUCGAGGAGAUGAGACUAAGCGACGAUGUCGAAGCGCUAGU